CCUCCCCAAUUGUCGGUGCAAGUUGUCAACACCGGAGUCCGAGUAGCAGCAGACGAGAAGAGAGAGAGCCAUGGAAGAAGAAGAGCGAAGCUUAGAAAGCUUCCUGAAAUGGGCGGCGAAGCUCGGGAUCUCAGACUCUGCGUCAAAAAACCGCCAAAGCUCUUCGUCCUGUCUGGACCAAACUCUCUGCGUCUCACAUUUCCCUGGCGACGGCGGCAGAGGAUUGGCAGCCGCGCGUGAUCUUCGGCAGGGCGACCUAAUUCUCAGAGUCCCAAAAUCCGCCCUGUUUACCAGCCAAAGCCGACUCAAAGAUGAAGCGCUCUCUCUUGCUGUAAAUAACCACCCGUCUCUCUCCUCCACUCAGAUAUUGUCUGUCUGUCUGUUAUAUGAAGUGGGAAAGGGAAAGAGAUCUUGCUGGUAUCCUUACCUAAUACAGUUGCCCAGGAGCUACGACAUAUUAGCAAGUUUUGGUCAAUUUGAGACACAAGCCUUGCAAGUGAGUGAUGCUGUUUGGGCUGCUGAAAAGGCUAUUUCCAAAGCAGAAUUUGACUGGAAGCAAGCUAUUGCGCUUAUGAAAGGACUUGACUUAAAGCAUCAUCUCCUAACUUUUAGGGCAUGGCUUUGGGCUGCUGCAACUAUAUCCUCCCGAACAUUGCACGUACCAUGGGAUGAUGCUGGUUGUUUAUGCCCUGUGGGGGACUUGUUCAACUAUGCUGCACCUGGGGAGGAGGCCUUAGAUUCUGAAGAUGUCUUUGAAUUUGAGGAAUCAAGCAGUUCAGGAACUGGCUCUAACUUGAAAUUAAAAAUUUCAAGUAAUGAAGACACCACCACAGAACAAUUUCUUCUGGAGCAGACUGAUGCAAAUUUGCUGAGGUUAACAGACGGCAGUUAUGAGGAAGAUGUCUUUGCUUAUUGCUUCUAUGCCAGAAGAAACUACAAAAAGGGUGAGCAGGUACUCCUAAGCUAUGGGACAUUCACGAAUUUGGAGCUUCUUGAACAUUAUGGGUUUCUUUUAGAUCGAAACCCUAAUGACAAGGCCUUUAUUCCCUUAGAACCUGAAAUUUAUUCCUUGUGUUCAUGGCCCAAGGGCUCACUGUACAUUCACCAAGAAGGGAAGCCGUCCUUUGCCCUACUCUCUGCCCUGCGGCUGUGGGUAACCCCUCUGAACCAGAGGCGGUCCGUUGGGCACCUCAUCUAUUCAGGAUCUCAGCUAUCAGCAGAGAAUGAGAUAACUGUAAUGGAAUGGUUGGCCAAUAACUGCCAAGUUAUUUUGAAGAAUUUUUCGACAUCAAUUGAGGAAGACAAGUUACUGCUCUGCACAAUUGACAGAAUGCAAAAUUGUGGUACUCCAAUGGAUCUGGAGACCAUCCUAUCAACUGUUGGUGGUGAGGCUCGUACUUUCUUAGAGACGAAGGGACUGACAGAUGGAGAAAGUCGGGUAAAGUUAUUCCAGUCAAGGCAGAUUUGGAGAUGUGUGGAUAGAUGGAAAUUGGCAGUUCAGUGGAGACUUGGAUACAAGACAAUCCUAGCCAAUGGCAUUUCUUAUUGUAAUAAGGUAAUCAGUCAAUUUCCUUCUAAACAUUCCCAAUCCAUAAUAACCACAACUCAUCAUUCAAAAUGAAGCCUUUUCUUUUAUCUAUCAUUUUGUUUUGAUGAAGCAAAAGGAAGAAUGUGUAUAAAUACGACACUCCAGCAAAGCGGGACCUCGUCCCUAGUGAAUGCCUUUUUAUUUAUUUA